UCGACGCCUUCCUCUUCCUCGCCCGCCGUCUCUUCGGUACACUUUCUGUGUGAACACCCUCUCGUUGCCACCACCCACUCCCGCCCAAACAUCCUACGUAUCCACAUCUACAUCUCCAUUAAAGUACUGGCGGCCGCCCUUCGCGCAGUCUAUUCGCUCUAUGAAUCCGCUUCCCUUUGCUUAUGUACUCCGAUCAUAUGUCCCCAACAUCCGAAGACUCGAGGUGUCUCAUCCAUAUGCAUCUGCGUCCUUUUUCUCUCAUUCUUUUCCUUAAUGAAAGUGAGGAGAGAGUACACAAGCACGUGCAUCAGCGUGCCUCAUGUUGGUUACAUAUGGCUUUCGGCACCGCCCUCGCGCUCACGGCUCAACGGUUCAACGGCUCACGGUCACCGAUUUUCCCGUCGUAACUGCGCUGGUACCCUUUGGCUAGGGCUAGACCCAAGCUCGGCCUUCCCUCCGUCCGACUACAUCUCCGAGAACAGUCAAUCCACAUCAUUAGCACACUUUCGGAUACCAUGUGCGCCGUGCAUGUGAGACGCUGAGACAGAUGAUGAGAUGAUGAGACGCUCAAUCUGACGUGUACAGCAGCACAGUCCGAUACAGCACAUGCCCACAAAGUCGUCCAUACCACAAAUCCGAUAACUUCCCGUUCUCGUAUCUCCUAUCCUUUAUCCUUCUUUCUUUUUUUCAUCCACGUCUACUAAUUCUACUACCUUCCAAUGAGUUCGUCUUCCUUGAAUGUCUCCAUAUGAUGAAUACCCGUUUUUGUGUGCAUCAUAUGCUUCAUGCGUCCCGACCCCUGCUUGAGAUCGAACAGCAUGCUUGUUGGAGGAUUUGUCUAGUUCUCCUAUCCUUAAUUCCCUAUCCUUCUUUCUUACCAUUCACGUCAACUACUUCCAGUAUGUUCGUUUCUCUCUCCAUAUGACGACUACCCGCUUUUGUUGUGCACCAUGCGCCUCAACC